CAAAACCCUAUUUUCCUUUUCCUCUGCGUACGCUUUUCUCAUUCUUUUAUAUUAUAAAAUCCCAAGUGAUUCCCGCAGUUUUAUCUGCGAAAGCCAAACUUCUCUCUGUCACUCUCUCUCUCUUGUUUUUUGCUUUCUUCUGAGACUCUGCUUUCGCUUCCUGUCAUUAUCAGCUCUCACGCAGCACCGAUCAUCUAGGAAGAUGGCGGAAUACAUGGGGGGAGGAGCGGCGGCGGUGGUGGUUGGGAGGGGAGGGCGGGAGUGCGCCGCGACGUCGGAGGACGAGGAGGCGGAGAGCGGAAGCACGGGUGGAGGGUGUACUCCCGGCAGUGCAGCUGGGAGAGUGCAGAGGAGCGCUGCGACAGCGGCGGCGGCGACGAUGGGGACGAUCGACGUGGCGCGGAAGCCACGCGGCCGCCCUCCGGGCUCCAAGAACAAGCCGAAGCCGCCCAUCGUGAUCACGCGCGACGCGGAGAACGCCAUGCGCCCUCACGUCCUGGAGCUUGCCGCCGGCUGCGACGUGGUGGAGAGCGUCGCCCGCUUCGCGCAGCGCCACCACCUCGGCCUCUGCGUCAUCAGCGGCCGGGGGACGGUUGCCAAUGUGUCGCUUCAUAACUCUACGGCCGUGGCCUCCUCCGGACGAUCUCCGGCCGGCACCAUUACCUUUCACGGCCGCUUUGACAUCCUCUCACUCAGCGGGACCUACCUGCUUCCCUCCUCUCCCUCAUCCCCUCCUGCCUCCUCCUCGUUCACCAUCAGCCUCGCCGGAGCCCAGGGCCAGGUCGUCGGUGGAACAGUCGCCGGCAGUCUGGUGGCUGCCAGCCCCGUGGUCCUCAUUGCAGCUGCGUUCAACAACCCCUCUUUCCACCGGCUGCCGGCGAAUGACGAUGAAUCCGGCGACGCCAGGACAAGUAGUGGAGGUGGUGGUAACGGCGUUAAGAAGGAGACCGAUGCGGAGAUGGAAGCGUGCUCCAUGUCGAUGUAUAACCCACUGAGUUGUCAACUUCCUCACCAUGACGCCUUCACGUGGGUGCCCCCCUCUUCUUCUAGGCCUCCUCCUUACUGAAACGAAUGAAUCUCUCUCUCUCUCUCUCUCUGUGCAUGGGAGAUGGCCAUCCAUGGCCGUAUCAUGCAUACGUUGUUAGAUACGCUCAAUAUCAGUUUGGUCUUUUCCUCCAUUGUUCGCUUGGCUGGAUUGCUAUGACGUUGUACUUACUAAUAUUUAAUCUUGUAUCAGCCUGACCUUUCUACUGAUAUACCACACUCUUCCUUGUGUUUCAAAGACUUAAUUUAUAGCUAAUAUGGGUCAGCUAGUGAUACGUAUGAGAGAGACAGAGACAGCAGUGUAUGCCCUCUUCUAUUUCUUAGAGAAAGAGAA